AUGAGACCCGCUAUACAGCUUUUGGGAAGGUCCGCAUGGAAAGGUCCUCAUGUUGUGCCAUUGCCUAUUGCCGAUGCCAUAAAGAAUGGUACUCCAAUUAGAACCAAUGCUAGAAGCUGUACUAUAUUACCACAAUUUGUUGGUUUAAAGUUCCAAAUACAUAACGGUAAGAAUUACGUUCAAGUGAACAUUACCGAGAACAUGGUGGGUAGCAAGUUGGGUGAGUUUGCACGUACCAGAAAACCAUUUCAAUAUAAAUUUUCCAAGAAUUAG